AUGGUGUGUAUACCGCCUCGCGACGUCAACGUGAGCGGAAUCCUUUAUCCCAACACGCCUAAGGUAUUGCCGACGUGGGAGAUUGUUGUAAAGUGUUCCGUCUGUGGAUGUGUGGAACUUAUGGCUUUCGUUGGGAACAUUCUUGUAAUCGCCAUCGUUGCCCAGUCACGGAAGAUGCGGACGACUACCAACUUCUACAUCACCAACCUCGCUAUCUCCGACCUUUUUGUGGCAUGCAUCCCCUUCUGGAUACACCUUGUAAACGACGUCACCGACGGAUGGUUCCUGGGAGAAUUUCUCUGCAAGUUUAACGCUUUCGUACAAAUCACAGCCAUGUGUGCGAGCGUCUUCACUCUUAUGGCCAUCGCAGGGGAUCGCUUCUUCGCCAUCAUUUUUCCACUGAAGUCUCGCGUGACACAACGGAAGGUCAGCGUGGUGAUCGUUCUGGUCUGGUUGUCCUCAGCUGCUAUCGGCAUACCGUCACUGCUAGUGUACACGUAUAACGAGCGGCGCUGGAAGAACCACCUUGAGAGGUUCUGUACCGACGUCUGGCCAGUGCAGGUGACUUCCGACGGCGUCUGUGACAACGGUUUAACCUCGAAGCGAGCCUACUGGACCCUUGUGGUGGUCGUGCUCAACUGGGUGCCUAUGAUCGUCAUGACAAUAGCCUACACAGUCAUUGUCCUCAAGCUCCGAUUUAACAGGAUUGUCCCCAGUUCAGGAGAGCUCUCCUUGACCGCCAUUCAGCAAAGGUCGAAGAGAAAGGUUGUGAAGAUGCUGUUCUCAGUCCUGAUCGUCUUUAUGGUGUGCACGAUUCCCUUCCAAGUCUCCAAGCUGUUUGAGCUGUACAGAGAGGACCAAGAGGAGAGGCUCCCAGACUGGUACAGUCCCUUGUACUUCUCCGCCAUCAUCAUGAUGUACACCAACAGCGCUAUCAAUCCGGUUCUGUACGGUGGGCUUAAUGAGAACUUCCGGAAUGGAUUUAGAGAUCUCAUUAACGCCAUAUUGAACCGGAAGUCUCACAGUCACAAGGCCUUGCUGAAUGCACUCUGGACCAGCAACAGGUCACGUGUUGUUGUUGAUGAUCUCGGCACAAAACCACAAAUAGACCAUGUACAAGUGCCGGCGGUGGCAAUGUCGUACAUCAAUCCGUCUGUUGAUGUUUCCAAAGACGAGCCGUCAAAGACAGCGGAUAGUGCUACAUGUCAGUGUAGCAUCAGAUCGGGGACUUGAAGAGUCUUUUGUGUAACCUUUUACACCUGAUGUGAGUAACACUGGAACUGACUUUCCUCAGGAUGUCCACUUCAACUUGUCCACUUUGGGGCCGACGAUUUAAUUAUCUGGGGUGUCUGAAUGUUAUUUUUUCAGCCAAAAAUAUUUAAAUAGUUUUCAAUUAAAAGACCGAACGAGUGUAUUUGACAACAACUGAAUAAUUUUUCAGAAUAUAAUAUAUGAACAGCGAACGAUUAAAUUUGAUAAAUUACCUGAGAAGAAAUAUGUAUUUUCCUGCAUUUUCAGAAAUAUGUGAUAUUUUUCAAACAAAUACAACCGGCAUCAGUUCCGCCAGAUACAAAACGAUCGGCCCCUUAGCACGAUGAAAUUCAUAACCAAAAUACUUAUGUUUGUGAAAGUAAUUAGACAGAACGUUUUGACAAUAAAAUCAUGUAUAACAUUGA